AGUAGCUCAGAAUAGGAUAAUUACCACACAGCCUAUACAGGAGAUAACUGAAGGGCAGUGGUUGUAAUACUGCUCAAGCCUACUACUUCUGAACCGCUGCGAAGAACUAUGGGGGUUGUUACAUGUGCAUUGCACGAGGCGUCUCCUCUCUCGGCCUGUAUAUUAUACAGGGUCUUUUGCUUUUUCUUUCUUAUGAUUAAUUUCCUUCUCUGGGUUUUCUGCUCUUCACACCCUGUAGUAUCGACGGUCUCAGGGCACGAGAUGAGGAUUUCGGGUCUAUAUGAGUUACGCUACCCGAUAUCACAGCAUCCUACGAAAGAAGAGUGUAGUCAGUUUGAGACGAAUGCGUAUUAGUCUCACAUUAUUUGAUUUUCCCUUUACACGUUUAGAGGUAUAAGUAUCUGGUCACCUGGAUACUGUGCUGUCUCAAACGAUUUCUACGAAGGUACCUAUUC